GGCUGUGCGCUUCCCGGCGCCAUGCUUCUCCUGGGCAUCUUAACCCUGGCACUGGCAGGGCUACCCGCUGGCAGCUCUGACCCAGAGCGCGAGGUCGUCGUCCCCAUCCGACUGGACCCGGACAUCAACGGCCGCCACUACUACCGGCGAGGUCCAGACGAUUCCGGGGAUCAGGGACUCAUUUUUCAGAUCGCAGCAUUUCAGGAGGACUUUUACCUACACCUGACGCCGGAUGCUCAGUUCCUGGCUCCCGCCUUCGCCACUGAGUAUCUGGGUGAUCCCCUUCAGGAGCUCGCCGCCAGUGCUUUAGACCUGAGACGCUGCUUCUACUCGGGGGACGUGAACGCCGAGCCGGACUCGUUCGCCGCCCUGAGCCUGUGCGGGGGUCUCCGCGGCGCCUUCGGCUACCGGGGCGCAGAGUAUGUCAUUAGCCCGCUGCCCAACUCCAGCGCGCCGGGGGCGCGGAGCAAUAGCCAAGGCGCGCACCUCCUCCAGCGCCGGGCAGCCCGCGGCCGGGCCUCCGGAGACCCCGCCUCCCGCUGCGGGGUGGCCUCGGGCUGGAACCCGGCCAUCCUGAGGGCCCUGGACCCUUACAAGCCGCGGCGGACCGGCGUUGAGGGUAGCCACCGGCGGCGCAGUCCCGGGCGCGCCAAGCGCUUCGUGUCCAUCCCACGCUACGUGGAGACUCUGGUGGUGGCGGACGAGUCUAUGGUCAAGUUCCACGGCGCGGACUUGGAGCAUUAUCUGCUCACGCUGCUGGCCACGGCAGCGCGACUCUACCGCCACCCCAGCAUCCUUAAUCCCAUCAACAUCGUCGUGGUCAAGGUGCUGCUCCUCGGGGACCGGGACACUGGACCCAAGGUCACCGGCAACGCGGCUCUGACGCUGCGCAACUUCUGCGCCUGGCAGAAGAAGCUGAACAAAGUGAGCGACAAGCAUCCCGAGUACUGGGACACCGCCAUCCUGUUCACCAGGCAGGACUUGUGUGGGGCCACCACAUGUGACACGCUGGGCAUGGCGGAUGUGGGCACCAUGUGCGAUCCCAAGAGGAGUUGCUCUGUCAUUGAAGACGAUGGGCUUCCAUCAGCCUUCACCACUGCCCACGAGCUGGGCCACGUAUUCAAUAUGCCCCACGACAAUGUGAAAGUGUGUGAGGAGGUCUUUGGAAAGCUCCAAGCCAACCACAUGAUGUCUCCAACCCUCAUCCAGAUUGACCGUGCCAACCCCUGGUCAGCCUGCAGUGCUGCCAUCAUCACUGACUUCCUGGACAGCGGGCACGGUGACUGCCUCCUGGACCAGCCCAGCAAACCCCUGUCCCUGCCUGAGGACCUACCGGGGACCAGCUACACCCUGAGUCAGCAGUGUGAGCUGGCCUUUGGUGUGGGCUCCAAGCCCUGUCCGUACAUGCAGUACUGCACCAAGCUGUGGUGCACCGGCAAGGCCAAGGGGCAGAUGGUGUGCCAGACCCGCCACUUCCCUUGGGCAGAUGGCACCAGCUGUGGUGAGGGCAAGUUCUGCCUCAAGGGGGCCUGUGUGGAGAGACACAACCUCAACAAGUACCGGGUGGAUGGCUCCUGGGCCAAGUGGGAGCCCUAUGGUCCCUGCUCCCGCACCUGUGGCGGGGGCGUCCAGCUGGCCCGGAGGCAGUGCAGCAGCCCCACCCCCGCCAACGGUGGCAAGUACUGUGAGGGGGUGAGGGUGAAGUACCGGUCUUGCAACCUGGAGCCCUGCCCCACCUCAGUCUCAGGCAAGAGCUUCCGGGAAGAGCAGUGUGAAGCUUUCAAUGGCUACAACCACAGCACCAACAGGCUCACUCUCGCUGUGGCGUGGGUACCCAAGUACUCAGGUGUGUCUCCCCGGGACAAGUGCAAGCUCAUCUGUCGGGCCAAUGGCACUGGUUACUUCUAUGUGCUGGCACCCAAGGUGGUGGAUGGUACACUGUGUUCUCCUGAUUCCACCUCAGUCUGUGUCCAAGGAAAGUGCAUCAAGGCUGGCUGCGAUGGCAACUUGGGCUCCAAGAAGAAGUUUGACAAGUGUGGGGUGUGUGGUGGAGAUAAUAAGAGCUGCAAGAGGGUGACGGGACUCUUUACCAAGCCCAUGCAUGGCUACAAUUUCGUGGUUGCCCUCCCUGUUGGUGCCUCUAGCAUCGACAUCCGCCAGCGUGGCUACAAGGGGCUGAUUGGGGAUGACAACUACCUGGCCGUGAAGAACAGCCAAGGCAAGUACCUGCUCAACGGGCACUUUGUGGUGUCGGCCGUGGAGCGGGACCUGGUGGUGAAGGGCAGCCUGCUGCGGUAUAGUGGCACGGGCACAGCGGUGGAGAGCCUGCAGGCUUCCCGGCCCAUCCAGGAGCCCCUGACUGUGGAGGUCCUCUCUGUGGGGAAGAUGACCCCGCCACGGGUCCGUUACUCUUUCUAUCUGCCCAAAGAGCCUUGGGAGGACAAGUCCUCCCUUCCCAAGGAGCCCCGCACGCCCUCUGUGCUGCACAACAGUGUGCUCCGCCUCUCCAAUCAAGUGGAGCAGCCGGAUGAGAGGCCUCCUGCACGCUGGGUGGCAGGCAGCUGGGGACCUUGCUCUGCUAGCUGUGGCAGUGGCCUGCAGAAGCGAGCAGUGGACUGUCGGGGCUCGUCGGGGCAACACAGGGCCUCUGCCUGCGAUGUAGCCCAUCGGCCAGUGGAGAUGCGAGCCUGCGGUGAACCCUGCCCGACCUGGGAGCUUGGGACCUGGUCACCCUGCUCCAAGACCUGUGGCCGGGGAUUUAAGAGGCGUCCACUCAAGUGUGUGGGUCAUGGAAACCGGCUGCUGGCCCGGGACCAGUGCAACCUGCGCCGCAAACCCCAGGAGCUGGACUUCUGCAUCUUGAGGCCCUGCUGAGUGGGACUGUCCCUUUCUUUCCCUCAUUCUUCACCCCACUGUUGUGCCAGUGCUCUGGCCAGCUGGAGCAUAGAAUGGCGACAAGUGGCCUGUGCCACCAUGCCACUCACAUCCAGGACAAGGACCAUGGAUUGGGACGAGUGGUUCUUUCCUCCCUGGACUGGGCAUGGGAUGCUAACUAACGCACAGUCUACCUCAUGCCCCGCUCCUCGGGGGCCCAGUUUCGGGGAGAGGCUGCAAGGUGUGGGUGCUGGACAGAAGGUGCUGAGGCCCAGUUUCCAAGUGACCUAGAGGUUGGGCUUCUCCCAGGGAGAACUUCAGGGACCUCAGCCUCUAUCAGAGGGGUCAUAUGCUGCUGGAAGAGCCAUGGCCCAGCAGCUUGGCACCCUCAAGUGGCCCCAGGGGCACUGAGCCGUCUCUGAACAAGGCAGGGUUUCAUGGUGCUUUCAGACCCCUUUCUUUCCUGACUGACACAGGUUGAUCAGUGAAGACUGUGUGGUGGUGGCUGGAAGCCGGGGAGAGUGAGGUUGCUGACAACUGGAGCCUGGGUUCCUCCGCUGGGGAAGAUGUGGAUGAGGACAGGGAGUCCCGAGGUUUCUCAUCUUCCACCUGGGCCCACCCUGGCAAAGUGAGCCUCUCUCUGUCACCACCCUCCAGGGCAUUAGAUUAGGGGCGGGGCUGCCGCUGGUGUCCUCAGAGGCUUCAUGGAAAGAGGAGAAAGUCCCCUGGAGUCUUCCCUCUUUGUCUAGAGGCAGCUGUCCAUUACUAAAAGAUGCUGGUGCUUAUCAGGUGGCUGAAGCACGGAGCAUGAGGGGAAAGCCUGAGGGUGCUUCUGGCUGUGGGGCUGGGUUGGUGGGUCCUGAGCUCUGGGCCAGGCCCUGGAGACUAUCACCCUGGGACCGGGAGGAGGAAGCUCCAGUCCUGCUGGCUUUUUCCUCUUGGGAGGGACACAUAAGUAAGGCUGACGCCACAGGCUCUGUAUUGCCUCAGAGAAUCUUCUGAGUGACCACAGGCUUGUGCCCACCGGGAGGGGAGCGGACUUGCCCAGAAGGGCUGGGUGCUGAGCAUCUCUCUGGCUGCAGGUUGGGCUUCCUUCCUCUGGACGGCUCCUGCUGUGUGCAGUGGGCAUGUCACAUCAUUUCUCCAGUUGGGAAUUGGGUUGUCUGUUUGCUACCUCAGAUUAUGCUCUCUGGGAACCCACCCUGUCCCUAGGGACAGAGGUGUCCUGGUGCUCCCACCAUGCCCAACUGUCAUCUUCAUAGAACAAUCUAGCCAGCCAGAGAGAUGAGUGUGUGGUUCAGGGCAAUCCCCAGGACUCCAGACAUGAAGAUGGAGACGGGGUCUCUCUCUUUGGGUUCUCUGUGAUCUGUUAGGGAGGCAACAAGAGUCAUAACCUGACCCAGAGGCCUUCAAAGCUGCUAGAAGGAACUGCUGGAGACCUUUCUGUUUAGUUGACGAGGCAGGGGGAAAAAACCCAGGCAUUUUCUAUAGCUCCAAGUGGGGAGAUAACAUGGGGAUAGAGAUCCUUUGGCCAAGCAGGGUAUUUCUUGAAGGUGCAGAUGCCCUAGUGUAGAAAGGGGAUGUUCUGCUUUUCAAUACAGGCGGAGUCCAGGAGCUCACUGAAGAAUUUAAAUGAGAUUAGAUCAAAGCAUAAGUCUUCCCUGGGGAGAGGGUUUCAGUUCUUUCCUGUGGUUUCCUUUAUACUCAAAAUCCACAAAACAAGGAGCCAGCCAGCCAGCCUCUGGUCUAUGGUAUUUUGACACUGGUCUAAUCCUAGGCUGGAGAAUGUAGACCGAGCUCUAGCAGGGGGUGGAGGGCCUUUGGCUCCCUGGAGCAGGGCUGCAGACAUUCUUGAAGGACAGAGCAAGGAGACUCAAGACAAAAGGACCCCAGGGUGCAGGCAGAAGGGGAGACUUCCCAGUCUCUGAUCAGUGCAUUUUCUCCCAGGCGAGGAGAGGGUCUGGUGGAGGCUGUGUGGAGUGAAUUCUAUGACCAGUUCCCUAGCCGAGGGUGUUUUUGAGGAGGGCUAACCACUCUAGUUCCUGAUGCAAUCCAAUUCUCCUUGCUCCUUUCUCUUUUGGCCCCUCCCUUCUUGCCUUUUCUUAAAACAACAACAGAACCCCUCCUCCCCCAAACCAAGAAACCAAAACCAUGACCAAGACAAUUUGGGAAGUUUGUCUUAUCUUUGAACAUUUCCUCAGUCCAGCCAGGCUUCCCAGAGCUGAGAGGAGAUGAGACUCGAGGCACAGGGUACGGGUGAUCGCAUAAGAAGUGAAGGUGGCAUCUCAUGCCUACGGGAGAAGAGGAGCCUUGUGGAGCCUCCGGCAAUUUCUUUAGUGGGGUGUAGGCCAUUGAGGCCUUGGGCUCAUGCUUCCCUAGCCUCCUUUACCUGUUGUGUGCACUGAUUGGAGGAGCCUCACCCAAAUACUGUCGAUACUGGAGAGAAGGUUGGAGGAGCCAAGGACAGUGUGAGGGGCUGGAUUCCCCGCAGCCUGGGAGUCAGCUCCUGAGGACACUAGACACUGUCACUGAUAGAGCCCUGUGCUGUACUUGCUUCUUUUGCAUUCCAGGCACUGCAGAAGGAUGGGAUGACCUGGGUCCUGGCUGGGCGUGUAUACUGUGUAUACAUUGGAGCGGGCUGCAGGGUGAUGGCAGCCUGCUCCUAAUAAAGUUGGAAGUAUUUAAAACUUGUG